AUGCCCGAGAAACUCAUACGGUCCCGUUUUCAUUCGGUCGUUAUUCCAAAUAUAUCAGUUGCCGACUACCUAAUACGGCUAUCGAAAUUUUUCCACUGCUCGGGAGAAUGUUUUGUGAUAGCAUUGGUGUACCUGGACCGAGCUGUGAAAGAAGCGGCUUCGGUUGCCGCUUGUGACGUAGCGGCUCCUUCUAUUGAGGAUCAAUCCUCCAUUUUUAACAUCACACGCUUGAAUGUCCACAGGUUGUUGUUGACGGCCUUGACCCUAGCGGCCAAGUACUAUGAUGAUUGCUAUUAUGCGAAUAAGAGGUAUGCCGAAAUAGGAGGGGUAUGCACUAGAGAGCUCAAUUCGUUGGAAGCAUAUUUCCUUGAUAUGAUCCAUUAUCGUUUAUACGUGGCGCCGGAAGAGUACAUAGCAUAUAAGGAAGAAGUAGAGAACGUAUCGAAGCCCUUGUAUGCUGCUACGUGUUUUGUCGGGGAAAAAUAAUACCACUUUUUGUUCUUCUUCUGCCACUUUGCAAAUGCUGGCAUAAUCAUCAUAUUGAUAAUUAAGUUAACGGUGUUGUUGAUGAUGAUGAAGAAGAUCGUACCGUUUUUUACACUCGUCGUCGAGGCGUCACCAAGGGACUUUCGUGUGUUAUGUGCUCACAUUUUCGUUGUAAAUGGUACGGUGUACUCACUGUGUCUCCUCCUCCUCCAGCUGCUGCUGCUGCUGAUCAUCAUCUUCUGACUAGUCUUCUUGUUUUUUAUACUACGGCUCACUGCUCGGUUGUUGCUGCUGCUGCUAUUGCGAUUGUGUGCGUAUCGAUUUUUUUAUUAUUUCGUAUGUAUCAUGUUAGUUCUUCCUGCUCCCACCAACGAUCAGAUUCUUAAACUUUUGAUCAGCAUCAUCUCGACUGAAUCAACUGUGAUGGGAAAGUUGGGGGACGCUGCACCGUAACUGUUUUUUUCUCUAUUGUGGGCAUAAAGAGCCCGAACCAGGAAAAACGGUGCUUACUUGUUCUCAAAACCGACGUCAUCAGAUCAUCAGUUUUGGUUUGUCGUCUCGUAGAGCUGCUAGCGAAUAGUUGGUAGAUAAUCGAUUAACCGUGUUGUUCAUUUUUCUAUAUUCUCAUGUCACAGUUGCCGUUGUCGUAGAUUUGUAUGUAUCAUGUUAUGUAGAGAUUAGUGAUUCGUCUGUACGGCUGACCAAGUGGUUGAUUACCAGUUGGCGUUAUCGGUUUUAUCUAUUUAAUGAUUAUGCAUAGCUGUUAUCAUCAUCAGUCGUUGAGGCGUCUAUAAAUUUCUUCCCCUUCUUGUCGUCGUCGCUGUAUCGGGCCAUCACCAUCUGCACUGCCGGAUGGUGCUGAGGACAUAAUUUUUGCGUGGAUUCGUGAGUGGCCGAGAUGGGUCUAAGAAUGUCCUUGUCUCUGCCUUGCUCAAUGAUCAUACGCUGUUACUCUCGUCACCACGUGUGGUAUCAUACUUGUUACUGCUCGGGCGGUUGAGCAAUUUUUAGUGCAGCAGCAGAAACAUCAAUAUUAUUAUUAUCAUCAUCAUCGUCGUUAUUGUCGUCGUGAUUAACUAAUAAUUUUGCUAUGAAUUACAAGAUGCCUUGGAUAGCGUGUUGGUGAUUUGAGAUCGUCGUAGGGUGAGUGGUAAACCUGACGUUUCCUUAUCUACAUAAUAUUGUUAUCAUCUAUCGCUCUCUGAACCCAUCUUUUCAUUUGCUAUUUGUCGUGUC